GUUCGCUGCCAUAUUGAAAUUGCCUGUUACCAAACUUGAAGUGUAUUCGUACGGUUUACGAAGUAAUUGUGUGGUUAUCGUUAUUUAAAAUGUUCAAAAGAAAGCUCCAGGCGCUAGGAUUUCAUGAUCCCGAUACAUUCGACAUUACUGAUGAACGAAAAUGGAGGAAUUUAAUAGUUUGGUUGGAAGACCAGAAAAUUAGACUGUAUACUAUAGAAGAUCGAGGUCCUCUACGCAAUACAUGUGGUGGUGAUUGGCCAACUGUUUUUCAAAAAUACCUUAAAGAUUUACAAUAUACACGUGAUCCUAAUGCAAGGACAGUUGUUUUAGAUUGGCUUCUUGGUCAUAGCAUAAGACUGGAAUAUGGAGAAAAUGUGGAAAAAUAUAAAUCAGCCCAACCUAUAUUAAGAGGAAGUGAUGGAAAAGCAAAAGUAGCCAGUGAUGAUAUCUUUGCACAUCUUGAUGUAAAUAGUCCUGAAUUUAAAGCUGGGAUUAUUUCAGUAUCUCAACAACUGAGCCUACCACUACAUGAGGAUCCUCUUGUUAUGCUAAAAGCUGUUGAUAUUCUACUUCAGCAACGUCUAUCAAAAGAAGCAAUCAGUAAGGCUGGCACGAAAGAUGAGGGAAUCCAGUUGCAGCUGAAAGAUAUUGAUGCAGGGUUCAAAAUUAAAGGGCUGUUUGUGUUGCUGGAUGACAACAUCCCAUUUCUGUCCCAGUCAGUGCUGUUUGUGUGGCUGGAUGACUACAUCCCAUUCCUGUCCCAGUCAGUGCUGUUUGUGUGA